CGCUACAGAACCCUAACUCUUCCGCUCAACAGCGCUCUCUCUCUCGCUUCGCGCUCUCUCUCUCUCUCUCUCUCUCUCUCGUGCAAUCGAUCAGGCAACAACAUUUCAAUAUGGCAAAGAAAGGGCACAAGAAGACUUACACACAAGAUUUGAAAACUUCUUACGAGAUCAGACCAAGAACACUAACAAUGGAGGAGACAGGAGUCAUUACAAGAUCCAAAACUCAACCUGACAUGCCAGCAACCUCGAUAGUUAGCCAAGCAUCACAGUACCCUUCGCAAACUCGGGGAAAGAAACGACAAAGACCAAAACAGAAAAAGGUCGCCAAGAAACGCCAAAGGCUUACCCAACAAUCUGAAUCUGAACCAGACUCCCCAAUCCAGACCCAAAAGCAAACCCGACGAAAGAAACAACAGAGCCCAAAACAGAAAAAGAAGGCCACGAAACAAGAAUCAAAAUCAAAAUCAAAACCAGACUCCCCAACCCAGAUCCAAAAGCAAUGCACAUUUAGGUCCAAUGUAAUAAGAACAGUGGGGCUAUUGUCAAAACUGAACUUGAACAAUGCCCACUUAGAGCUCUUGAAACAAACACCGUUUUGAAUGCUGAUUGAUGCCAUUAGGAAAGGCAAGUUAGCCAAAAAAACUUGCAUGAAGCAC